UAAAUUUGAAUUUUGAAUUUUUGCCUUUUGCCUGCAUGAAAGAAAAUUUUUUGUAAUAAAUUUGAAUUUAGGAAGGUAUUGAAUAGCAGUUAAAAAAAAUAAUGAUGAAUUGGGUAAAUAUAAACACCAGAAGCGUGUCAUGUUCAUCUUUCCAGAACGAAGUAGUUGAAAGAUUGUUCAGACGAGUGUUAUAUCACGACUGUACAUCGACUAAUAAUCUAGAUAAACGUGUUAGAAGUUGAGUACAUCCAUCGAAGAAUCAGUGUUCUUCUCUACAACAAUAUGGUCGAAGCAUAACACCGAUUCGAAAUUUAUUCUAUCAGGGAUUUUAAUAAAAUCGCAGAGACCUGCUUACGUGUACCGUUCAAUAAAUCAGUAAUCGUUUCGUGGAAAACAUUUCAAUUUUAAAAUGGAAGUGGAACUAACAGAAGGAUGUAUCGAAGAUAUCUUCGAAGGUAGAAAUAUUGGAAACCCAAUAGUUCAGGUUUUGGGUAUUACACGAGUAAAUUGUGGUUUUGUGGAAAUUUCGGAUGGUGUGUUUUGUACUACUGCAGUAGCGAGUGCCGACAAAAACCUCAAAAAGCUGAUUUUCAAUAAAGAAUUACAACGUAAUGAUGUGGUUGUUUUGGAGGACUACGUUUGCGAGAAAUCGAAUACUGCGCGUGGGAAAUGGUGCGUGUGGACGUUGGUUAUUCUUAAAAUGAGCAUAUUGGAAAAAGGUGACGUUGUAGGAAAACAAAUAGGUAAUCCUACCCCAACUACCAAGGAACAUCAGUUCAAAAAGCGCGGUGAACUUGAGAAAUUUCAUUUGAGUAGAACAAGAAGACCGGAAACGUUGCCCAUAGUAGCUCUGAACCCGACGAAUGAUCAUUGGUGUAUUAAAGCACGAGUCGUAAAAAAAGGAGACAUCCAGAAACCUGGUGAGGAAUCUUUGAACGCGAAUCUUUCAAAUUCAUCGAACAGUACGUUAGCAACAGCUUGCAACGUUGUUCGUCGUAAAUUUUACGACAUGUUUUGUAAAUUCCACGACUUCAUGGCGCAAAUUGCGAGAAAAGGAGUCAUCCGUGAAUCGAGCGAAGAAUUAUAUUGCUUGGAUCUAUCGAACGGUGUCUUUACUAUGAUUUAUUAUAUCUUUCAUUAUCUAUUUCACUACGUUUUUGGUCAAUUUUACGAUCUGAUGGCGCGAAUUUCAAACAAGCAGGAAUUCUUCAACGUGGAGCUUACCGACUCAUCAGGCAGUAUUACAGCGACAGCUUACAAUAGCGCUUGUUUUAAAUUCUACGAUGUUCUGGAGUUGAAUAAAGUGUUCCUGAUUAGAAAGUUCAGCAUUCGGCGAGAUGAAACUUCCCAUAAAUUUAAACUAAUUUUAAAAGCAGAUAGUGAAAUCGUGCCAGCUUUUGAAAAUAUACAGUUCAAUUUCUAUAAGUCUUACAAAGAUUUGGUUGCGAAUACUUCAAUAGAUAUAUUGGGAGUUUGUAUUGGAGCUGCAGACUUGGAAAGCUUCAAGGAUGGGGAAUCACGAAAACGUCGAAUCCGUGAAGUGUCUCUGAAGAAUGAGGAUGGAGGAAUUACAGUUUUUUUAUUCGACGAUGCUGCCGAACAAUUCGACAUUUCUACAACGCCCGUCGUUGCUAUGAAAGGAGCAAAAGUCGAAGAGGUCGAUGGAUUCAAAUGGGCUGUCGUAAACCACGCUUCUCAAAUAUUUAUAAAUCCAGAUAUUGAAGAAGCUCGUCGAGUCAAGAAUUGGUAUAAAAUGGAUACGAAAGCUAAGAACCUUCGCCCUCGUGUCUCACCACCGCAGUCGUCAGCUUUCCAAUGAUUUGUUAACCUUUUUUAACAUUUUUGAUUUUUAUUGCAAUUAUGUUCUCGGUUUAUUUAUCGUUGACGUUGUUUUGUCAGAGUAUUAUACUCGUAUUUCAGGAAUUUAGUAUACGUUUACUCAAGUGAUUGGUAAAUGAAUCAAAAAUCAAUUCUUUUUUUUUUUUAAAUUUUGUACGCUCAUUUUUUGUAUGCACAUUUUUUGAACAGAUUGUGAAUUUUCAUCCAAUAUCAAUUUACAAGGUGUUCGAUUUUUAAUGAUAUAUUUCUGUAUUGAGAUUUGUUGUGUUGUUUUUUUGUUAGUAAUUUUUUUAAAUGAAUUUUUAUCUAAUUAUUUUGACAAGAAUAAUUGUACAAUAAUGCUAUUUUCAAAAAUGUAUGUCUUGACUGUUUAAAAAUAUAAAUUAUUGAA